AGGUUCAAUCUGUCGCCUUUGGUCUUUGCAGCUUCACUCGACUUCUUUUGGGCGCACGCGGACCCACACUGCAGUGCAUGCCGUCAGCCAGCAGCCCCAGGCCAAGCAAGCAGGACCCUUCCGUCUAACGGGCCAUUCAUUUCACGCUACGGGGUCCCUGGCGUCGGCCAUCUUAGCACCAGUCACUGAGGACUCUGGGUAAAAAACAACAAGGAGAAGAAAUUGAACAGUCGAGCAUCGGAUCACGGAGCGACGCGUCGUCGUCACCACAACAGCUGAGCUGCUGCAGACGACACAUUCUCCGCCAAGUUUUCCAGGACUUAGCUUGAAAAAUGACUGAAAAGGAAGUGUACAUUGUGUCUGCCGUGCGCACCCCGAUCGGUUCGUUUAUGGGAGCAUUUACAGACGUCCCAGCCCACGAGCUGGGAAGUGUUGCAGUAAAAGAGGCUGUUGCUCGAGCAAAAAUUUCACCUGAGGAUGUCUGCGAGGUGAUUAUGGGUCAGGCCUUGACUGCAGGCCAAGGCCAGAAUCCAGCUCGCAACACCUUAAUCAAAGCUGGCAUUCCGCAAAGUGCUACUGCUCACAUUAUUUCAAUGUUGUGUGGAUCAGGGUUAAAAGCUGUGGCUUCUGCUUACCAAGCUAUCCGAAGUGGGGAUUCCAAUGUGGUUGUGUGUGGUGGGCAGGAAUCCAUGACUCGGGCCCCUCAUGUGUCCUUUCUACGAGCUGGUGUGAAGAUGGGAGAUACGCAAUUGAAGGAUUCCAUGAUUUUAGAUGGGUUGACGGAUGUAUUCCACAAUAUUCACAUGGGAGUUACAGCUGAAAACUUGGCAACCAAAUACGAUAUUUCACGUGAAGAUCAAGAUGCAUAUGCAUGUGAAUCACAGAAACGAGUGCAAAAGGCAACUGAGGCAGGAUUCUUCAAAGCCGAAAUAGUUCCUGUGAGUGUCAAAGGACCCGGCCGCAAUGCUCAACUAGUUUCAAUAUCUCAAGAUGAAUUUCCCCAGAAAGAUGUCUCUAUUGAGGCUUUGACCAAGCUGCGAGCAGUUUUCAAAAAGGAUGGCACUGUUACUGCAGGAAAUGCAUCUGGAAUCAACGAUGGGGCCGCCGCUUUGGUGCUAAUGUCCAAGGAAGAAGCUCUUAAGCGAGGUUCGCCUGUACUGGCAAAAAUAAUUGCCUAUGCUCAAGCUGGGUGUGACCCAGCAAUCAUGGGUAUAGGACCUGUGCCUGCAGUAAAUGCUCUGCUGAAGAAAGCUGGAUGGACUAAAGAUGAGGUAGACCUAUGGGAACUGAAUGAGGCAUUUGCUGCCCAAAGUUUAGCUGUGCUGAAGGAGCUGAAACUCAACCCAUCUAAGGUCAACAUUCAAGGGGGAGCUAUCUCUCUUGGACACCCUAUUGGAGCAUCAGGAGCUCGAGUUCUAGUGACACUGCUCCAUGCUCUCAAGCGAACUGGAGGCAAAAAGGGUGUAGCUGCCUUGUGCGUUGGUGGAGGCAUUGGGGUGAGUAUGGCUGUAGAAUGUCUAUAGGCUCAGAUCUAUUAUUCGAGUCAAGACUAUUAUGCAUAAAGGUGUAAAAAAAAUUGUUAAAAACACUGAUCUAUGAAAUAUCAGUUACCAUGGGCCCUGUUGUUAUCAUAUAUCAAAUUUUAUUGACCGUUGGGAAAUUUAAUCCCCUUUUCCUGAAAUGUAGAAGUAUUUUUACAAAUCUUACUGAAAGGAACUUUUGCCAUUUGGAUUUCUUGUCCCCUGUAAUAAUUUUAUUGUUAAGUUGUAUGUAGACUGUAUUUUCUGUAAUGACUUCAGCUCAAAAGUGCAUCUGAAUGAGAUUACCAGCUACCUAAUAUUGUUAGAUAUUAUGUAAUUUAUUUUUCACCUAUCAUCCUCUACUUUCUGUCUGUAUUAUUUUUGUCUUGUAGAAUUACCCAAAUUCACAGGUGCAUAGUUUCUCUAAGCACACAUUUGUGCCAUACUCAAUAUCAUGUGUUAAAGUAUUAUCAUUUCUAUUUAUUCUAAGAAUUGAGCUGGUCACUUGUCAUUAGACUAAGAUUGCUAUUACUGUUUUUUUAAUUAUUUAUGUUUUUCAGAACGGUUUUAUUGAUCUUUCCUUUGCUUUUGCAUAUGGUUUUAAGGGUUACCAUCCUUCUACUUCUUCAUUGAUAAUACUGUAGUUGAUUCAUUUUCUCUGUCUUCCAUGUUUCAUUGUGAUACAUCAACUGUUAUUUUCAUACACUGUAUAUUUAACAAAAUCUAAUGAUUUUCUUAAGAGAUCUGCUAAGUCCUUUAUCAAUCAUUGUUUUUUCUUGACUGAGAGGAAAAGGGCGUGUUGGGGCCAUGAAUUACAACACACAAUGUAAAUUGUAUCACCCAGGUGUAAUUUUAAGUCUGAACUUUCAACUUGUGACAAUACAUAUAAAAUUAUCCCUCCAAUGCAUACCUGUAUACUAAGUCUUGCAUGGGAAUCUGUUAUUUUGUAGUAAACAUAUAUCUGCAUCAAUUUUACACUAGAUUUUGAAAAGCAUCAAUAUAAUAAUGUUAUGAAA